AGCGCUUCUCCCAACAGCAGCUGCUCCUUCCACUACCCGACAAAACCAAAUUCAACACAAGGAGGAGUAAAUUUGCUCCCACCAACCCCCUACCCCUCUCACUCUCUCUCUCUCUCUCUCUCUAGCGCCCUUUUCCACUUCGACUCCUUUUCAAAUAAAUCAAUCAUACAUAGUCACUGCAAGUAACUAUAGGGAAAAGAAUAAAGAUAUCUAUGGCUACUGCUGUUUCCAACAGCGCCAUUUCACCACCAACUACCAAAACUCGCAAAUCGAAUAUUCUCCUCCUCCUCGGCCCCAGCCAGCCCAAAUCCGUCCAAUUUCCAAAGAAUUCGCUCAGUCGUGCGGCUGCGGCCGUCCGCUGCUCUGCCUCCUCUCGCUCCCUCGUUUCCGCCGCCAACACCGAUACCGAUACCGAUACCGAUACGGCGAGUGGCGCUUACUAUCCCCCUUCUUCUUCUUCUUCUUACGUCGACGCCGAUGAAGAGUCGUCAGCGCCAAUCUUGACGAACAGAAGCAAUGACAAUCUCGACGAGUGCAGAGGUCGCAGGUUCCAUCCCCCAAAAUGGAACGCGCUGCAGCGGGCUGCGGCCGCCGCAUUGGACGCGGCGGAGGGGGCGCUGAUCUCCGGGCUGCUGGAGCGGCCGCGCCCGCUGCCGAAGACGGCCGACCCGGCGGUGCAGAUUUGCGGGAACUUCGCGCCGGUGGGGGAGCAGCCGCCGCGCCGCGACCUGCCGGUGGCGGGGCGCAUCCCGCCCUUCCUGAACGGCGUCUACGCGCGCAACGGCGCGAACCCGCUGCUCCCGCCGGCGGCGGGGCACCACCUCUUCGACGGCGACGGCAUGGUCCACGCCGUGCGCCUCCGCCACGGCGCCGCCGCGUCCUACGCGUGCCGCCACACCGAGACCGCGCGGCUCGCGCAGGAGCAGGCGGCCGGGCGCCCGCUGUUCCCGAAAGCCAUCGGCGAGCUGCACGGCCACUCCGGCCUCGCCCGCCUCCUCCUCUUCCGCGCGCGCGCCCUGCUCGGCCUCGUCGACCCCUCCCGCGGCUGCGGCGUCGCCAACGCCGGGCUCGCCUUCUUCGACUCCCGCCUCCUCGCCAUGUCCGAGGACGACCUCCCCUACCACGUCCGAAUCACCGCCGCCGGCGAUCUCGAGACCGUCGGGAGGUACGACUUCUCCGGGCAGCUCAGCUCCCCCAUGAUCGCCCACCCCAAGCUCGACCCCGUCUCCGGCGAGCUCUUCGCCCUCAGCUACAGCAUCCUCGCCGAGCCCUACCUCAAGUACUUCCGCUUCUCCCCCGACGGGGUCAAGUCCCCCGACGUCGACAUCCCCCUCGACCAGCCCACCAUGAUGCACGACUUCGCCAUCACGCACAACUUCAUCGUCGUGCCCGACCAGCAGGUCGUGUUCCGCCUCCCGGAGAUGAUCCGCGGGGGAUCGCCGGUCGUCUACGACCGCUCCAAAACCCCGCGGUUCGGCGUCCUGCCCAAGCACGCCGCCGACGCCUCGCAGAUGCGGUGGGUCGACGUGCCGGACUGCUUCUGCUUCCAUCUGUGGAACGCGUGGGAGGAGCCGGCGGCCGGCGAGGUGGUGGUGAUCGGCUCCUGCAUGACGCCGCCCGACGCCGUGUUCAACGACUCCGGGGAGAGCCUGAAAAGCGCGCUGACGGAAAUUCGGCUGAAUCUACUCACGGGAAAGUCCAGCCGCCGGCACAUCCAGAGCCCCCAGGACCAGAUGAACCUGGAGGCCGGGAUGGUCAACAAGCACCGCCUCGGCAGAAAGACCCGGUUCGCCUACCUGGCAAUCGCCGAGCCCUGGCCCAAGGUGUCCGGCUUCGCCAAGGUCGACCUGCUCACCGGAAUGACCGUCAAUUAUCUCUACGGAGAGGGGCGCUACGGCGGGGAGCCCUGCUUCGUGCCCAGGGAGCGCGCCGGCGUGUCCGAGCUCGUCAUCAUCAAUGCCGCCGACAUGCGGCUCGAGGCCACCGUGAAGCUCCCGUCGCGCGUCCCCUACGGGUUCCACGGCACAUUCAUCGACGCCAAGGACUUGGCGUCGCAGGCCUAAUAAGCCGGCCUCGCCAUAGACAGAGCUAAUUUUAUUAUUGGCAGUCAGACAGAUAGACAGAUUUACUAAAUCUAGUCUCUAUCCACUCGGCUGGUUUUAUAAGAUUUAGUAUAUCUGAUUUGUCUAUGGCUCAGUCAAUACUGCUGUUUAUUCCGACCUACGACCUUUUUGCAGGGCAGGGUACACCAAUAGGGGGCCUCCCCUGUUUCUUGGUUUCAGUUGGAUUUUUCCGUUUCUUUUUUUGCAUUUUACCCCUUGCUAUCUGGGGUUUUUACAAUUAUAGCAGUCAUAUGGUU